GCCCCGCCGGCCGUGAGUUCGGGUCCCGCUGCGGCCCGUCCCCGUUCCCUCCGCUGCCCGCCUCUCCCGGCCCGGGGCCGCCGCAGGCUGCUCCCCCUGCUUCUCCCGGGACGGCCGCGCGGUGCCGCCGGGCACGGGGCCGCAGUGCUCGGCGGGGCCGUGGUGCCGGUGUUGGUUCGGAGCGGCAGUGCUCUGGCGGGCAGGGCCGCGCGGUGCGAGGCGGCCGCUGGGGCCCGGCCCCGCCGGCUGAGCGCUUUGAGCGAGGCUCGGGCUGGACGCGAGGGAAAGCUCCUGUAUGGAAAGGCUGCGCAGGUCAGAGCCAACAUGUCUCGAGAGACUGGAAGUGAGGCACAGCAGUCCCAGAGUGCCCAGCAGCCACAGAGUGGUACCAGCUCUUCCAGUGGGUCACAGAGCACCAGUCAGUCUUCCUUAAGUUCUGGGACUCUCAGUUCCUUGGACACUGUUCCCACUCAGGAGCUUCCGUCCAUCCCUGAGGACCAGGAAUCUGAAGAGCUGAAUCCUCAGCCUUGGGGUCGACUCUUUGCACUUGGAAAAGGUUUCAGCAACUGUGACUGUGUCAAUGAGGAGUACUGGUUUGGGAGGGACAAAAGCUGUGAUUACAGUUUUUCUAAGCUGGGAUUGUCUGAGACUGGCUUCUACCAAAACUAUAGCAAGAAGCACUUCAGAAUUUUCAGGGAAAUGGGUCCAAGAAAUUCCUUUGUUGCCUACAUUGAAGACCAUAGUGCAAAUGGGACAUUUGUUAAUAGAGAGCUCGUUGGAAGAGGGAGGAGGCUUCCACUGACACACAACUGUGAAAUUGCGUUGUCUGUACAGACUAAUAAGGUGUUUGUGUUUUCUGAUCUUAUGGUGGAUGAUCAGAUGAUGUUUCCUAAAGAAUUCAGAGAGAAAUAUAUCAUGUCAAAGACUUUGGGAAGUGGUGCCUGUGGAGAAGUCAAACUGGCAUUCGAGAAGAGCACCUGUAACAAAGUUGCAGUGAAAAUCAUCAAUAAACGGAAGUUUGUGGCAAGUGGCCUGAGUGAUGAAAACCCAGGUUUAAAUAUCAAUACAGAAAUUGAAAUUUUGAAGAAAAUAGAUCAUCCUUGCUUAAUCAAGAUUAAAAAUUUCUUUGAAGCAGAGGAUUACUACAUUGUUUUGGAACUGAUGGAAGGAGGAGAAUUGUAUGACAGAGUGUCAAGGCCAGUCAAGAUGAAAGAAGAGAUCUGCAAGUUGUACUUUUAUCAGAUGCUGCUGGCAGUAAAGUAUCUUCAUGACAAUGGAAUUAUACACCGAGAUCUAAAGCCAGAAAAUGUGCUACUUUCAUCUUCUGAGGAGACCUGUAUUGUAAAGAUUACAGAUUUUGGACAAUCCAAGAUUCUUGGAGAAGCUUCUCUUAUGAAAACAUUAUGUGGUACUCCCAUGUAUCUUGCUCCUGAGGUUCUAAAUUCACUUGGGACUGCUGGAUACAGCCGAGCUGUGGACUGCUGGAGUUUAGGAGUUAUUCUUUUUGUAUGCUUGUGUGGAUAUCCACCAUUCAAUGAGCAAAAUACUCAGCUCUCUCUGAAGGAUCAAAUCACUCGUGGAAAAUACACAUUCAUUGCAAAAGAGUGGAAGCACGUGUCAGACAUGGCUCUGGAUCUUGUGAAGAAGCUGUUAGUAGUGGAUCCAAGCAAACGCCUUACCACAGAGGAGGCCUUACAGCAUCCUUGGCUUCAGGAUGAGGAUAUGAAAACUACAUUUGAACAGCUGCUUGCUCAGACACGUACCAAUAUGAAUCCACCAGAAACAUCAAAAAUGCCAGCCACAACGAGAAAGCGUCCCCAUGAGAAUGAGGAAGACAAUGGCUCUGCUAAACGUGCUGUUCCUUCUACCUCCUAUCAGAAAAUGAGGUUAGGCAUGGAAAUAAUGCUUAGUCCUAACAGAUGAAGAAGGAAUACUAAACUUGCUGAGCUUUUGCCUGAGACACAGCAUUACCUGACACAAUGCUGCCCACAGACUUCUGAGGACACUUAGACUAUUCAGUUGAGAUGUAAAACUUCUGAUGGACCUUGAGGUGCUCUGGGCUUCAGGUAAAGCUCCACAGUAAAUGCUGGACUGGCAGAAUCACAGCACUGUGCACUGGGAUGGGGCUGAUUGGCUUCCAAAGCAACAAUUCCCAUCUGCACGGUGUUUAACAUGAGUGUACCAUGUUUAUUUCCCAGGGGAGGGAUGAGCAAGAGGAAACAUGAUAACAGGAGAUGAAAUGAACAUUUAUAAAUUCCUAUCAGGGAAGAACUAGGAACUGAACUGAGAGAGGAAAAACUUGCUUGCCUGUUAGGUGAAAAUUUUGAACUGUGUGCCUCUUACUAAAGGAUUAUUAACUUCAUAACUGACUGAAAGAACAGUUUAGUAACUCUGUUCUCCAACAUGCACUUCUGGUUAAAGGCAUCUACUCUAAGUUGAUUUGUAAAGAAUAAAACCUAAUGCAUUAUGGAAUAAACCCAUGUCAGGUAGGAAUUAAUAUAUUCAUGAGUCACAUUUCAUGUGUGUGCCCAUUGCAGAGAUCUUGUGUGUUUUGAUAUAUUUGCUAUUAAACCAAUGCUAAUGA